AUGGCGGACCUCAAGGACAACUCGAGCAUGAAGCCGGAGAAGCUUGACGCCCAGAUCAAGUCUGUCGAUAUGAGUGAGGAUAUGCAGCAGGAGGCUAUUGAAGUUGCACAAGAGGCAAUGGACAAGUUCACGAUCGAGAAGGAGAUCGCACACCACAUCAAGCGAACAUUCGACGAGCGAAAGGGCGCGACCUGGCACUGCAUUGUUGGCAGGAACUUUGGCAGCUUCGUCACCCAUGAGACGAAGCACUUCAUCUACUUCUACCUCGGCCACUGCGCGAUACUGCUGUUCAAGACCCAAUAG